UUCUUUUAGCAAUGGGCAACAUUUGCCCGUCAAUGGCACAUCUACGAUUGCACUUGGCAAAAUCCUUUUGAUUCGGCCAAAAUCAUUUCCCGGCAUUUGAGAGGAAUGCAAAAACCUAUUUAUCAUCCAAUGAAUGAUUGUGGUGACCAUGUUGUAGUAAUUAACACCAAAGAAAUUGCCUUGCCCGGUGAUGAGUGGGUUAAACGUGUUUAUUUCCAUCACACUGGCUAUCCCGGUGGAGCAUCGUGGACCUUAGCUUGGCAAUUACACGAAAAAGAUCCCAAAAUGGUUAUGUACAAAGCAGUAUACAAUUCAAUGAAGGGUAACCUACAGAGAAGACAUACAAUGCAGCGUCUUCAUUUAUUUGCCGAUGAUCAGGUGCCCGAGGAGAUUCUAGCAAAUGUAACAAAUCAAAUAAGAACGCCACGUCAAGUGCCACAACGUUUAGAUAUGAUUGACAAGGAAACAUUGGAGAAUUUCCCAUCGAUUAUGGAUUAUCCAAAGGAUUAUAUUUUACGAUAAUUUUGUUUUUGUUUGAGAAUAGUUUGU